CCUCUUUAAUUUCCCUAGUCUACCUUUUUAUCUUUCUCUACAUCAAAAUCAAACUCGAUCACAUAACCCACUCCAAAAAUUUCAGCAAAAUCCACAAUGCCCUCCAUUGUAUCCUCCUCCUCCCCAUCAUCUCUACAGCUCUACUCCUCCUCCACUCUCUCUCCCACAUUCACUCUCCCUUCCUCUCGAUUUUACAAACCCACCCGCCUCCACCUUCCUCCUCGCCCAUCCACCACUGUUGUCUCCUGCGUUUCCACCCGACCCAGGAGAAAACCUGGCCCCAAGCCCGAUAAAUCGGAGGUGGAGGAGCUCGUUCGGGUGCUCAUGAAGAAUUUCGGCGGAGAAAGGCCGUUGAUUUCCACGCUCAACAAGUAUGUGAAGGUUAUUAGGACUGAGCACUGUUUUCGUCUGUUUGAAGAGCUUGGGAAGACUGAUAAGUGGCUUCAGUGCCUUGAGGUAUUCAGAUGGAUGCAGAAACAGCGCUGGUAUAUUGCUGAUAAUGGUGUUUACUCAAAGUUAAUAUCAGUUAUGGGGAAGAAAGGCCAAACCCGGAUGGCCAUGUGGCUCUUCUCUGAGAUGCGUAACAGUGGGUGCCGCCCUGAUACUUCUGUUUAUAAUGCACUCAUCACCGCUCACCUCCACUCCCGAGAUAAAUCCAAGGCAUUGAUUAAAGCUCUUGGGUACUUCGACAAGAUGAAGGGAAUGGAACGGUGUAAGCCCAACAUUGUUACAUACAACAUUCUUUUGAGAGCUUUUGCUCAGGCCCAAAAUGUAAAUCAAGCAAACGCUUUGUUUAAAGAGCUCAAUGAGAGCAUUGUUUCCCCUGAUAUCUUUACAUUUAAUGGUGUAAUGGAUGCAUAUGGGAAAAAUGGGAUGAUCAAAGAAAUGGAAUCUGUUCUUUCCAGGAUGAAGAGUAAUCAGUGUAAGCCAGACAUUAUCACUUUCAAUGUACUGAUUGAUUCAUAUGGCAGGAGGCAAGAAUUUGACAAGAUGGAACAAGUUUUCAAGAGCUUAUUGCGGUCCAAGGAGAAGCCGACACUGCCUACCUUCAAUUCAAUGAUUACAAACUAUGGGAAGGCACGGCUUAAAGAGAAAGCAGAGAAUGUUUUUAAGAAGAUGACUGAUAUGGGAUAUGCCCCAAACUUCAUCACAUAUGAGAGCCUAAUCAUGAUGUACGGGUUUUGUGAUUGCAUUUCAAGGGCUAGAGAGAUAUUUGAUGAGAUGAUGGCGUCAAAGAAGGAGAUGAAAGUUUCAACUCUAAAUGCUAUGCUUGAGGUUUACUGCAUGAAUGGUUUACCCAUGGAAGCAGACCUACUUCUUGAGAGGGCACGCAAAAAUAGACCGUUUCCAGGUUCCUCCACAUAUAAACUCCUCUACAAGGCAUACACUAAGGCUGACCAGAAGGAGCUUCUAGAGAAACUGCUGAAGUUAAUGGACAGUGAUGGCAUUCUGCCUAAUAAGAGGUUCUUCCUGGAGGCUUUGGGAGCCUUUGGGUCUUCGCCAGCAAGUCAAGAGUCUGCUGGCAGCACAACUGGCUUGACAAGGCCACGGAAUAGUGCAAAGACAUAAAUGGAAAUAGUUUGCAUUUGGUCUACUCUUCUGAUCUCUUUCAAUUAACUUGAUUCAGCACAGAACUGUAGUUGAAAUGAAAUGCCGACUGAUAGGUUCAGCAUCAGGUUACUGAGCUUCUGAGCUGGUUUUUUCACUGUUUAAUCUGGUAUGAAUAAGGCCUUCCGAGAUGCUCUGAGCUCGAAUUUUCAGGCUACAAAAGACAUUGUCUGUAGAGGUUGCAGGUUGCUUCAUGAUUUGCUAAGAUCUUUAUCAAUUGAAUAACAGGGUCAUGGCAAAGAAAAUCCAUGGCAGUUGUUGAUGUGAAUUGUGGAGUAGAGAAAAUAUUCGGUUAUUUGAGUCAUUGCUUGCUAAUCUUCCUAGUUAGUUCUCUGUCUUGUUAUGCUUGCAAGCCCACAUCAAGUCAAACAGACGAAGGGUUUUCAAUGAAGUUGAAUGGUAAGAUGCCGAUGCAUAUUUUGUAUAUGUAAUGUGAAUUGGAAUUUUCACA